AUGGCGUACAAAAAACAAGAAAAGCACCCGUUGGAAUACGAAUAUUUGCAGCCGGAACACCUAAAAGGAUUCGAUUCAUACAAAGUUUGUGAUUAAUAACGCCCGUCACUCGAAAUGAUUAAAAAUGAUCACUUUGUUUAGUACAAUUGCGUCGACAACUCUCCUCUUUCAGUCUACGUCUCACAUCCGUUCUGGAAUUGGCUAGUUCAGGUACGGAAAAGGCGUUUGUCCGGCGGGAAUCGAAAUAUUCAGACGGUUUCAGUUCUACCCACUAACAUGGGUGCCGAAUGUGUUAACAUUGGUCGGCUGGGGAUUUGUGAUGGCCGGUUUCUUCAUUGAGGCCUAUCUUGACUACAGCAUCAACCGGAAUUCAGACGGAUCCGUGAAUCCGAUCCCCGAUUGGUUCUGGUUCGUCGCCGCCCUCUGCACAUUCCUCGGCCACACUCUCGACGGCACUGACGGAAAACAGUCGAGACGAAUCGGAGCCAGCGGACCGACCGGAGAACUCUGUGAGUUAUUCGAAUACACUUUCCUAAAAGAAAUAUACAAUUUCAGUCGAUCAUGGCCUCGACUCGUGGUCCACCGUGCCAUUCACAAUCACCAUUUUCUCGAUUUUCGGCCGCGGACGGUUCAGUAUUUCUUCGGUUGAACUUCUGUGCGUGCUUAUCAGCACUCAAAUUGUGUUUUUCACUACGCACUGGGAGAAGUACAACACGGGAAUCAUGUUCCUUUCGUGGGCAUAUGAUGUCAGCCAGUUUGUGAGUCUUUUUUCUGAAUUCAUGGUAAAAAUCGGUAUGUGUUCAGGGUCUAGUAAUCGUGUAUCUGUGGACGUACGCAGUCGGGUACAAAUGGUUCCAUUUCGAUGUGUUCGGAGGAGUUGUCAACUUCGCGUUCACGUUCGAAAUCGGAUUCUACAGUGAGUCCGAGCUGAGUUCUCGCAUUGAAUCUUCAAUUCCAGUGUGCUGCCUGCUCUCGCUCGUCGCUUCCGCUUACAAUGUGCACAAAGCGGAGAAGCUGAAGCAGCCGACCGUGCUGGCCGGAGUUCGUCCUGCCUGGCCUGUGCUCCUUCUCUUCGGAUCUUCAAUCUUCUGGGCUGUCAAGUCUCCGACAAACGUCAUAGACGCUGAUCCGCGAUUCUUCUUCUUCUGCAUGGGAACCGUAUUCAGUAACAUCACCGUAAGAAACUGCUUUGUAAUCGUAAUAUCCCAUUAACUUGGCCAAUUUUCAGUGCCGCUUGAUAAUCGCCCAAAUGGCGAGCACAGUGUGUGACAUAUACAAUUUGACGCUCGGAAUCUACUUGACAACCAUCGGUAUUCAGUUUACCACAACUGUUUCUUGAUCUACUCAUUCUCUCUUUCAGCCGUCGCCUUCUACAGUCCAGCUUACGAACUCCUAACACUCCGCCUUUCGACCCUUUUCAUCACUGCUCUCCAUCUUCAUUACGGAAUCUGUGUGGUCAGGAUUCUUACCAUCAUGAAUAUUCGAGUAUUCCACAUGUAUUCCAGGUCCGCCAACUGUGCCGUCAUUUCAAUAUUUAUGCAUUCGACGUCUCGUACCUCAAAAACCGCAGCAAAUAA